AUGGCCUAUAUUGAGAGAAAUAUGGACAUUAUUCCUUAUAAAACUUUACGCCACGGUGAAGUUGAUUUGAGUACAGAAGAAAAGUUGAGUAAUAUGCGAUCGACUCUGCGCAACGAUCCUGGACUCUUCCUGAGCAAAUGGGGAAAACACUUAUCGCAGAAUACAUUGAAACUAUUUGAAAUUAUGAAAAAUGAUUAUGAAGUAAAUUUUUAUUUGGAUUUACUGCUGUAUAACCACAAUGACAAUAAGGAUAUUAUGGAGGAUUUGCCCCGAAAAUCUGCUAUGCAAGUUCUAGCACAUAACAGACGCUAUGAAUACCUUCAACGCCAUUUAAGGCAUUCAGAUUACUUUUCUGAUGAAUCUAUACAGUUGAGAGAACCGGUGUUAUACGAAGAAUAUAUUGGUCAGUAUGUGCCGGACAAAGAAAAGUAUAAACCAUUUGACAAGGAAAUGACACUGGUCAGUCGAAUAUACAAUAAUAUGGAUCGAAAAUAUGUUGACGAUCACGUACAAAUGCAAAAAGCUAUACUAGACGAGCAAUUUGAAGAAGAGGAAGAAGAUGAAUUCGAAGACGAGAAAGAGAAAGAGAACGUGGCUGAUGAGUCACUUCGAUCAGCCCAAUCUUCAGAAAGGUUGAACGAAGCUGAGCCACAAGACUCCAUGACGUAUAAUGCAACGGACAAUAUGGAGGAGGAACCAAUGAAUGAAGAAGAGGAAAGGGAAAGACUCGAAAAAGAGAUGGAAGAAUUGAUGCUUUUCAGAGAAGAAAAGAGAAAUGAGCUAUUACGAUUGUUAGAAGAGAAAUUUUUAGCAGGCAAAGAUAAGGACUUUCGUUAUGAGCAAGUGGAUUAUAACGAGGAUUAUGACGAUCUACGUCAAUUAGAAGAAGAUAUGCAAGAUCGCUAUUUCGAGGAAGAUGAUUGA